AUGCAUCGAUAUCUGGUAAACAGAUAUUGCGAGACGGUUCACGGCCUCUACCCGAUCAUCGACGGAGUCCUGCCGUACCUGGAAGAACCUCCAGAUUCGCUUUCAGCAUUGGCCCCGUCAGAGUCUUUCGUGCUGCAUAUGGUCUACUCCAUUGCGUGCCACUGCUUGCCCGGUAACGAUUGUCAGCUUCUUCUCCUGUCGGAUGUCUUCUAUCGGCAAGCUCUAGUCCACGUGGAAAGGAUCACAGCCGAGCUGAAUCUGGAAGCCCUCCAGGCUGUCUCGCUGUUGGCCUUACGGAGCACCUUCGAUGCACAAAACGGAAACUUGGGACAGCAGAUCGCAUUCGCACAUCGGCUGGAAGUAGAGCUGAGCGCUCGGGAAGUGGAGGACACCACCACCCCAGCAUUGCGGCGUCUGCGAACGUCGAUAUUUUCCCUCGGCAACCAGGUCGCGACCGUUUUAGACAGACCUUCGGGACUUAUGGAGCCGGAGGAGGCGGCAUAUUUCGACACCUCUGUCGCAAGUCAGCUUCUUUGCACCAUGUACGUCGCACAGUCCAGGUUUCGCAGUGGCACUGCUUUGGAUCACCUUGGUAUGGAAGGGUUGACAUCGAAUGUCGAUACAACGCAUUCACCACUACUCGUUGCAGCCUUGCAUGAGACGCGCUUUUUGAUUCAACCUGAUGUUGAGUCGGCUUCGCAAUUGUUGGAGACAUAUGCGUCCGACGACAUGGUAUUGAAUGUUUUCACUUCUCACUGGGCGUACAAGGCUGCGACCUUCUUUUUUAAAGAUAGCUCGAGUGAGACGGGCCUCCAGCAUGGGGUCCUUGCUCACAGGGUUCUCGAGAGAUGUGCUCAAAAAUGGCCAAAUGCCCGAGCUCUUCAAGACGCGCUGUCUGCUCCUCCGCCAGGUUGA